GCUAUACCGUAAAUUGACUGGGUAACGAGGGACGAACGAAGCCUGAUUUCGCCUUGUGGAGAGUGCUGGCCUUGAGAUAAACGAUUCGCUGCAUUCCCAUGUGCUCGGGCAACCAUGAGGGGCAUCCCAUAUCAAGCGACACCUCCCACUGACCAGGCAAGGCCUCUCGGUCUCAUCCUCGCUUCUAUCUCCUAGACCGAGCGCAAGAUCUUCCCUUCUCGCAGUAUCUAAUCGCACAGAGAUGACUCAAGCGUUGACUCACUGAUUGACUAUCGACGCCACGGCCCCAACGACUAAUUUGACUGCAGAGUCAUACUUGCGGUAAGGCUUCGAAACCGAAACCGAAGAACAAGCCACCACCACCACCACCAUCAAAGGUCCACGCGGCUUCCUGUCUGGCAUCAGGCGGCCACAUAUAUAUAAGGCCACCACAAAACAAGGCUAUAUUCACCAAGCAAUCAUCAGCACAAUCGCAGUCCACAGACAUCAUUGAAGAUGUCGUGUCCCGACUGUUUCCGCGGCGCCGAGCAUUCCCACACUCAACCCAAAGGCACCAUCGAAACCAUUCACGGCAUAAGAACAUACAUCGCCGGAGGCAGCGACCCAUCCCGCUCAAAAUCAGCAAUCAUAUACCUCCCCGACGCCUUCUCCCUCAAACUCGUCAACAACAAGUUGCUCGCCGACGAAUAUGCCACCCAGACAGGCUGCACAGUCUACAUUCCCGACGUGAUCCGCAACGGCGGCAUGGAUCCCAGCCUCAUGCCAAAAAUGGAGAUGGUCAUGCUUCUCAACCCAACCUGGACUAUAGGCGGUGUCUUCACCAAGAUCUACACCACGCUCACACUCCUCCCGACAAUCAUCCCCUUCGUGCUCCUCGGCAAGCCUGAGAACGUCUAUCCCCAAAUCCUGGACUACGCGCGCGCCGUCAAAAAGGAUUUGCCGGCAGGCGGGAAACUCGGCGUCGCGGGAUUCUGCUGGGGCGCGUGGCCCUCGACAAAACUCUGCGUCGAGACCGCUACCCCUGGUGGCACCGAGCGUCUGAUCGACGCCCAAUUCAAUGGCCAUCCAAGCUAUAUCGUCAAAACACCGGAUAUGGUGAUCGAUGCGAUCAAGAAAUUCAAGGUUCCCUACUCAGUCGCCGUGGCCGAGGAGGAUAUGCAAUUCAACAAGGCCGAGGCUGAGAAAGUGGAGGCGCGGCUUCGCGAUGAUAUUGGUGCGAGUGGUGGGGAGGGAGGAUAUGUGUAUGAAUUCAAGGUUUAUAAAGGGUGUAAACAUGGGUUUUGUGUGCGGGCGCCGUUGGGCAAGACGAAGAAGGAGCACGAUGGUGAGAAUGAGGAUGGGUACCAUGGGAGUUUGAGGCAGGCUGUUGAGUGGUGGAAUACACACCUGAACUGAAUUAAAUUGAGUUGAAGCAUUGCCACUGCAAGUGCUUGGGGAAAUUGAGAUAAAUUUCGGGACAACUACAAGUAUCAUUUCGAAGACUAGGCUCAUGCAUGACAGGGUGACAUAAACUUGUGAAGGGACAAGGUAUAUAUACCACGUACACCAGU